GACAGGGGACUCUCCGUCCCAGGGACGUGGUGGGUGGACCCUAGAUCACUCCAUUCUGCCUGUCCUCCCCCUCCCUACCUUCUCCUGCCUGAAAGUAUUGGUGCUGUCCACCCUGUGGUGCUGAAGUAGCCCAGAAACCCAGUUUUGCUUGGCUGCCCCUCAGGCCAUGACACCACGGCCAGUGGUCUCUCCUGGAUCUUAUACCACCUUUCAAGGCACCUAGAAUACCAGGAAUGCUGCCGGCAAGAAGUCCAAGAGCUUCUGAAGGACCGUGAGCCUAUGGAGAUUGAAUGGGACGACUUGGCGAAGUUGCCCUUUCUGACCAUGUGCAUGAAGGAGAGCCUGCGGUUACAUCCCCCAGUCCCAACCACCAUCCGAUGCUGCACCCAGGACAUGGUGCUCCCAGACAGCCAGGUCAUCCCCAAAGGCGUUGCCUGCCUCAUCAGUAUUAUCGGGAUCCAUCACAACCCAACUGUGUGGCCAGACCCCGAGGUCUACGACCCCUUCCGCUUCGACCCAGAGAACAUCAAGGAGAGGUCACCUCUGGCUUUUAUUCCCUUCUCAGCAGGGCCUAGAAACUACAUUGGGCAGGCGUUCGCCAUGGCUGAGAUGAAGGUGGUCCUGGCACUCACACUGAUGCGCUUCCGUGUCCUGCCGGACCGCACUGAGCCCGGCAGGAAGCCGGAGAUGGUCAUGCGCGCAGAGGGUGGACUCUGGCUGAGGUCGGAGUCCCUGGGUGCGAACCCACGGUGACUGUCGGAUCCACCCACCCACCUUUGUAGAUUCCCAGGAAUAAAUCUAUGCUGACGCCUC